UAACUCCCCCUUAAAUUUGACGAGAAUCGCUACGCGCGCAUCAGCGUCCCUACUGUUUUCAUCGCUUGUCAAACGGAAAUCCAAAUCCCCAAAUUGGAAGUUUUACCCUAAACUCGACACCCUAAUUUUUCACGCAGAAGCAAUUCGAAGCAAUUGAAUAUGUCUUCUCUUGCAGCAGCUCGAGCUGAUAAUUUCUACUAUCCUCCUGAAUGGGACCCAAGUCAGGGCGGUCUCAACAAGUUUAAUGGUCAGCAUGCUUUAAGAGAGAGGGCAAGAAAAAUAGAUCAAGGCAUCCUAAUUAUAAGGUUUGAAAUGCCUUUCAAUAUAUGGUGUGAGGGAUGUGAAUCUAUGAUAGCUAAGGGUGUAAGGUUCAAUGCAGAGAAAAAACAAGUUGGAAACUACUACUCCACAAAGAUAUGGAGCUUCACCAUGAAGUCAGCUUGCUGCAAGCAUGAGAUUGAGAUUCAUACAGAUCCUAAAAAUUGUGAGUAUGUGAUUGUAAAGGGUGCCCGACGAAAAAUUGAAGAGUAUGACGCAGAGGAUGCAGAGAUAUUGGAACUUCCUACUGAAGAAGAAAGAGGUAAACUUGUGGACCCAUUUUACCGUCUUGAGCAUCAAGAGGAGGACUUGAAGAAGAAAAAGGAAGAAGAGCCAGUACUUGUACGUCUUCAACGUGCAUCUGAUGCAAGGCAUUUUAAUGACUAUUCCAUUAAUAAAGCCUUACGGGCCCGGUUGAGGAGUCAAAAGAAGAGAGUCGCUGAAGAAGAAGUUGCAUCUAGGAAAAGGGGUCUUGGUAUACGAUUGCUGCCAGGAUCCAGUGAAGAUGCUGCCACUGCUUCCCGUGUGAAGUUUUCGACAAAGUUUGAUGAAAAUAGGAAACUAAAGCGAGCAUUGAUUUCGACCUCCUCGAUUUUUGGUGGACCAUCUGGAUCUUCCUCAACGGAUAAUAGGCGCUUGGAGCUUGAGUCUAAAAGAAGAAAGAUCAAAGCGGGUAAAGUUUCAAAUCUGCUGGCUGGAGGAUACAAGCCCUCCUCAUGGGCAAAGAGUGGUGUUUCCUCAGGCAGACACAGGGCCUGAGAGACCAGGUGACUGAAGCGAGUAGAAACAUGAAUGGCGAAAUGCAAAUAAAUACUUCGUGAAGUUUAAACAGAGCAAAAAUUUGGCCACGCCAGUCUUCAUUAUCUACCUUCCAUAUGAAGUAACAAAUUAGCCUCUCUUUGUAUGCAUGGUAGAACUCUGACUCUCUGAGUCUGUGACAUGGAAUGGCAAAUAUAUUACAAUUGGUUUUAACUUUGCCUUCGAAAUUCGACAUGUAUAUAUUAUUAUAGGUCUUGUAAGUUUGUGUAAUCUUUUAUGAGUUUUUGAUACGAUAAGUUGAUAUGUUGAUCGGGAUUCCCUUUGUGCACUAAGUGACAGCAAGAAGCGUAAUCCGAAAGUGAUUUCAAAA